UAAGAACAGCCCACCAUAUCUCGGAGAAAAAAGGUGGACCACCGAUUCUCUAAGCUUCAACCAAUCAGAAACAGUCAUUUCUAAAUCACCAAUCACCAAUUCUUUCUUCGGCUGGAACCUGCGAAGUUGGAACUUAUUACCUUAGGUACGCAUUCGACUUUACGACGUCUGUCAUUCAGCAACGCCAACAGCCUCCCCCACUCUAUUCCUAUAUUCUUGAAAUAUACCUCUUCUCUGAAACAGACGGUAUUCGCUAUGGCCAACCCACGCUCUUUGUACAACGCCUUUUUCCGAACAAACUGGCAGAUGCUGGGUUUUGUCUUUACCUCGGCUUUCGCUUUCGAGAUGUUCUUUGAUAGUAGCAUGAACAAGGUCUGGGAUAGGUUGAACCGAGGGCGACAAUGGAAGGAUAUCCGACAUCGAUACGUCCAGGAUGAAUAAGCGACCACUACCAACUCCCGGAAUUAGAGAAUGCUUGAGAUGGGACAUGGAAAACUCUGGGGACGAGCGGGUGUCUUAAAAACUGCACAAUUGUACCUUAUAGACCGGAACAAUUAUUUAUAGCACAGUUCGGACGAACGCUAUAUCUCUACCUACUUCUCCCCGUACAUAAUGAACGACUAUACCGUGCUCAGGUGAAUGCUUGCCCAAACGUAUAU